ACUCAUCCCAGCUCUACCCCGCCAUCAAUCCCAGCUCCAUCCCUCCACGCAUUAGAUCCACAGAGAGAUGGACGUCCAGAGAGGAGGAGCUAGAUGUCGUUGGAUGUCACUCUGCAGUGAACACUUGGCCUGAGUGGCUUCGACAUGCUGUCUGUCAGAGACGAUAACAUACUGUACAUAACACAUAACGCAUCACACAUCGGACAAAGAAGAUUUACAGCUGACGACCGUGUCGUAUGGGAAUGAAAAAGGUGUGGACAAUCCAGCAUUUGUGAAGGAGGAUAAAUUAGAAGAUGACCUAAGUGACAGUGAUAAAGAAGAGUCAGAGAGUGAAUCAAAAUCAUGGCUAAGCAAAGCAUGCAUGCCCAUCACGGCCGCAGAGAUCUUCUGCAAGGCACACUCCAAAAUAAUCAAAUACAUCGCUUUGGGAAUCUUUGCUGCAGGUUAUGUAGCAUACUUCAUUGCUGCAUGUUAUUUGGACUUCAAGAGGGCAGUGGCUCUGGUUGUCCUCACUUGUCUUGGGGUGUUCAUCAUCGUGUCCAAACUAGUGAAUAAGUACAUGGGUGACCGAAUAAAGAGGUUCUUCAAGCCUGCUCAAAGGUGUCUCAAAUCCAAUAUGAGAUGGAUAAAAUGGGUGUUCAUAGUAAUCGUGCUGGGACUGCUGGUGGCAUGGCUGGUCAUCGACACACGAAACCGCCCAGAGCAGCUCAUCUCGUUUGCUGGUGUCUGCCUAUUCAUUAUUGCCAUAUUUCUCUUCUCUGCACACAAAACUGCUGUGAGCUGGAGGACCGUCUUCUGGGGACUUGGUUUGCAGUUUGCCAUUGGCCUGUUUAUCAUUAGGACAGACCCUGGUUUUAUUGCCUUCGAUUGGCUUGGAAAGCAAGUUCAGAUAUUUCUGGACUACACAAAAGCCGGUUCAGGAUUUGUGUUUGGAGAGGACCUCAUUGAAAACGUAUUUGCUUUCCAGGCUCUGCCUAUAGUGGUGUUCUUCAGCAGUGUAAUGUCCGUGCUCUACUACUUGGGGGUGAUGCAGUGGGUCAUCACAAAGAUUUCCUGGGUAAUGCAGUUAACAAUGGGAACCUCCUCUACAGAGACUCUCAGUGUGGCAGGGAACAUUUUCGUUGGCCAGACAGAGGCGCCCCUCCUGAUUCGUCCUUAUUUGAAGGACAUGACCAAAUCUGAGAUUCACGCUGUCAUGACUGGAGGAUUUGCCACCAUUGCUGGGAGUGUUAUGGGGGCAUUCAUCUCAUUUGGGAUUGAUGCCUCGUCUCUGAUUUCUGCGUCAGUGAUGGCUGCCCCGUGUGCUUUAGCCAUCUCCAAACUAUCCUACCCUGAAACUGAAAAGAGCAAGUUCAAAUCUAAAAGUCAAAUUAAAGUUGACACUGGUGGUGAGCAGAAUGUCCUGGAAGCUGUCAGCAAUGGUGCAUCUGCAUCUAUUGGGCUUGUGGCCAACAUCGCCGCUAACCUGAUUGCUUUUCUCGCCAUUUUGGGCUUCAUAAAUGCUACUCUCAAAUGGUUGGGAGGCAUGGUGGGAUACCCAGAUGUCAGUUUUGAGUUGAUCUGCUCCUAUGUGUUUAUGCCGGUGGCCUUCAUGAUGGGAAUUCCAUACGACGAGUCUUUUACAGUGGCUGAACUUAUUGGCACUAAACUCUUCCUCAAUGAGUUUAUAGCCUAUGAGAAGCUGGCAGGGUACAAAAACAACAGACUUAAUGGCAUUUUAGAAGAAACAGUGCUCUCAGUUCGUUCAGAAAUCAUCUGCACCUAUGCCUUGUGUGGCUUUGCUAAUUUCAGCUCUCUUGGUAUUGUGAUUGGAGGCUUGUCUUCUAUCUGUCCAUCAAAGAAGGGUGACAUAUCUGCUUUAGUGCUCAGAGCCUUGUUCACAGGCACAUGUGUUUCCCUGAUCAAUGCCUGUAUUGCUGGUAUCCUUUUCGUCCCUCCAAUCGACUGUGUGGAUCUGUUUCAAAACACAGUCUUCAAUACCACAGUACCCAACCUUGACAAAUGCUGUAAGGAUCUUUUUGAAAGCACUAUCAACAAUGGAACAAUUUCUUUUGAGGGGUCCUGGAGUGGAGUGAAAAAUGCUACAAUAUAUUUAGCUAACUGCUGUGACCUCUAUGAGACAACUGUGUGCAUUUAGUCUGGCCAAGAGGUAACAAUACCACAAUGCAGAAAACACAUGUCAACUAAAUAUAAUGACUUUAUUUAUUCAAUUCCCACAUUUUAAAAUGUACGUUCAAUUGAUAUACUGUCACUCUACAAAAAUGAUGGGUUGUUUUAACCCAUGUUUGGGUUUAAUAUAAAAAUUUUAACCAACGAUUGGGUUUGUCCAUAUUUGACCCAACCAUGGGUUGAAACAACACAGCAUUUAAUGGACACAGUAUAUUUGAUUAUAUUUGGUCAUUUACCUAUUAAAACCUAAUUUCUUUAUAGAUAUAACACUGUAUUUGAGAACAAUGUAUGUGUAAGUAUUUUAUUUUUAUGGUUUGUUUUUAUGUAAAAGUUGUACAUUUAAUUCAGUUUGUGUUGUCCUGUCUUACAAAAUAGUUAUAAUAAUUUUUGGAAGUUACAUCCAAUGACGUGAUAUAUAUCCACAAUAGAUAUUAAGGCGUGGCAGUGACUACUGUGUUAUUGUACUGCAAUAAUGGCCAUAGGGCUCUUUGGUCGGGGAAACAGUUUUUUUAAGAUAUGAGGCACUGGACUCUGUCUUUGGACUGUAAAAUGAGUCAAAGAAAUUUCAACUGCUAUUUACAUGUUUAUUUUACAAAAAUAAAUAACAAAACACAACAAAAACUCCUAAAAUACUUAUCCUUAUAAACAUACUGCUAAGCUCUCUCUAAUACUCUAAUACACUACAAUUCGCAUUGUUUCUACAAUAUAAACCCUAUCUUAUCAUUUCUGACCACUAUCUGUGGUCACCCUUUAUCUACACCUAAACAAGCACUGUUUUUAAUGUAUGAGUCAGUCUUGCUGUUUAGCAUGAGCAAUUUCCACAGAAUAUUGAUUACUAAUUCUUGUGAAUGGGGUAAUGGUUUAGACAGCUACAUUUGAUUUACGUUAUUUUGAAUGAACAUACAUUUCAAUAUGUUUGCUGUGUGUGUGUGUAUAUAUCUAUAUACCAUUUAAUUUUUAGAGUUGAUAAGACUUUUUAAUGUUUUUGAAAGAAAUCUCUUAUGCUCACAAAAAUAUUAGCCCGGUUGUGUGAAGUUGCAGGGAUCUAGAGAUAUAUGACACAUGCACAGUCUGAAAGGUCAGUAGUAAAUGGCUUUACUGUGACAAUAAAGUUCAUGAUUUUCGCUCUUCUAGGAGACACAUUUGAGAUGAAAACAAAUCUGGACU